GAACGGCCCCGCGGAGCUCCCGGGGCUUCGGGCGGUGUCUGAAGCAUCCAGGAGCGGGCUGUCGGUAUUGUCUGGAUUUUGCACUGGUUGGGGGUCUUUCCUGCUGUAUGUGUAUCUGUACAGACGUGCUUGUGCAGAAAUACGAACUUAAAAUCGAGUGGAGGCGGAGGCAGCAAUCUUUAGAAGAAGCGAGCAGUGUGGCAAACGCCCUCCAUAGGGAGGGAGAGCUUUGGGCUUGUUUGUACUCUAAAUGCUUUUUGUAGCUGGGACAAGUGUGGGAAGGGGGAGCAAAAUCAAGCUUAGAGAAUUAAAAAAAGCAUUCAAAUACAAAAGCAAACUGCAGGCUAAGCACGCAAAACUUAUGAAAGCGAAUUUGAGAAAGCAGACUCUGCAAAUGAAGAAAUAAUUUUUAUUUCUGUUCAGUAAAUUCCUCUGAUACCUUAAGAGAUGUUACUGUACAAAGAGGUGGUCAUACAAUAAUUUGAGAAACUGUUUUGGAAGGCUUAAAGAAGGCAGGUAUGAAAUCAAAGUCUAAGAUCUUUAAUUACUUGGAAUGCUGCAGUAAAGAUCAUAAUCCUGGAUUUUAGAAUCAAUAAAGACCAUAGUGUCCUUAAUAAUGGACUUAACCACUGCAUGAUAUAAAACAUAAAUACUUGGAAAUGUCCUUUUUGAGCCCCAAAACUUGUUGCAAGAGUAUCCUUCUGAUGGCCAUGCACUUAGUAUUUCAAAAACGUUAUGGGCUAGGAAGUCCAUUAUGUCUCUUUCUAACUAAUUCCAGAAGUUUUUUGAGGAGUGUACAGCCUCUGGUUUUAUGCCUCAUUUAAAAAUUUUGCCAUGAAAACUUGCAGCUACCUGCUAUUCAUAAGAGCAUUUCAGGGGAAGAAUUCUAAUAAUAAACACAUAUGGUAAACAAUCAGAUGUUUUUCAGACUUUAUAACAGAGUUAUUUUGCAUAAGUUAUUAAUGGGAAGACGUUUUCCAUUGUUUAAAACAAAGUUCAAGGUGCUAACCUUUGCGCUUCCUAACUCUUUGUAGUCCUAAACCAGGGAAAAUGCACUUAGGUUGUGGCAUUUCUUUCCUAAUUAUAGGCACAACUGUAUAGGUUACUGAUAUGUUUUAAGGUUUCUGUAAGAGAAUAAGUACCUUGCACAAAUUAGUCUAAUUAACUUUGUGUUACCAUUAUUUUUGUUUUGCAUAUCAGAACUGCUCAAAAGCUUCAGUUUAAGACUGUAGUCAUCUUUAGCAAAUAGUUGCAACCCAUAUGGAGACAUGCUGAUCUAAAGAACUUGCAAAGGUAUUCUUCACAGAAGAAUGGAGGCAUCUGCUAAGCUAUAGUAAAAGUGGUACUAUAUAUAUAAAUAUACUCAUAUUUUUUUCUGAACAGAUGGUAAUUUAUUUUCUUAUAAAAAGACUAUAAAGCUUCAUUGAAUUUAUUUUUAAGAUCCAGUUAUGGAACAUCCUUAAGAAGAUACAUGAUCAAGUCCAAUCCACUGCUAUUGUUGGCAGCUAGAGCUUAAUCUCCUCCAUAAACUGAUAAAGCUCAAUCUUAAAAGUAGCUUGUGAGAAGGUUGUUCUAAAGUCUCAGCCCAGUGUAAAUCUGGCGAUGAUGGUUGUGUUGCAUGUCUGUUACAAAUGGCUUAUUUUAGUCACUGUUAGGUGGCCUGGCUGUCCUGUAUGUCAUGCCCUGAUAAAUCCAUACAGCUUGUUGGGAACGAGCAAGUGAGGGAAAAAAUAAAAAAGGACAACUAUUUAGAGCCCUGCUUAUGUUUGUGCCAUUAGUAGCUUAGUAGGAGUAGGGGAAGUCUGGGGAAUUCUAAUUCUUAACUGACCUUGUAUGACAUAGGAUCACUGCGGCAUAGGUUUGCGGUGUCACUGUUGUAUGAUUGGUUAUUGCACAGCUUUAUUCUAAACAUUGUAUUUUAGGAUUUAUUUUAGGAUAUUUAGCAUCAUUACAUGCUUCAUAUUCUCAGUGUACAGGUUCUUAAAGCAUUAGUUAAUAAAUAAAACUGGAGGCUUUAGUGGACUUCUUUACUACAGGUAUUGAUGUAAUGAAUUCACAUAAUGGCAUACAAAUUAUUAAAUAAUGAAUUUUUAUACUUUUUUAAUAAGGUAAUUUUUUAAGUAUUUUGUUCUUGAGUUAUUUGUUAUGUGUUUUCGUCAUGAAGACACUCAUAUAAUGAAAUUUGUGUCUUCAAAAUGCAAAAUCAUAGCGCGUUAAUCUUUAGUAAAUCAGUAGUUAAGGUAGAUAAUUUUUAGAGCUACGAUGGGACAUAUUGUGAAAUUAUGUCUACAUGGAUUGGCAGAGAAUUUUGUCAUAGAAUUGGGUACAGCAAAAAUAAAAAUUUCUGAGAUGGUAAUAUAGUUAUUAAUUGAAAAUAAUUCUUAAUUUUGAAAUAUACAUAAUGCUGCUGAUUUGUGGCAAAAAUAUAUUAAAAAACCCCAGAUUUUUUAAAGACAUUAGACAAAUGUCUGAAUAUUUCUCUUUAUAAUAUUUAAGCAGAAGCAGUGAGUUAGAGAUGCAUUUGGAAAAAAAGAAGUGCAUGCUUGAUUUGUCACAGUAUAACAACUACAUUUAUUAAUUAAUAGCAAAUUUGGUGGUAAAAGUGGAAUAUCAAAAUAGAGGUUUAUUAUCUUUCUGCUAUUCAUGAAGAUCUUUUUUCACAACUGAAAUGCAUUGCUGGCUUCAGAUAUUGCCAGAUAACAUGGGAGAAUAGCAUUAGUUUGUUCAUUGCAGUGCCAUAUAGGACAUUACUUUCAAAUGUAAUCUUUUAUCCUUUGUUUUCUAGGUAAACUAUAUAGGUAUGUUUUAUUUAGGUACAGUUUUCUUAGUGUGUAGAGACUAAGGCCACUAUAGUCUCCAGCAUAUCCUUUCAGAUUCUUAAGGUCAUGUCUUUGUGGAAAGCAAGGUAGUAGCUUCCUGUCAUAAUGAACAGAUAUCUGUACUGGAGUGUCCAGAAGAUCAACUUUCAUAUGAAAUAUAAAUAGAAGAUAACCAUUGAUUUAUUUUUUUUAUGAUUUUUUGGGAGGUAGGGUGAUUGGUGGUGUUUGGUUUUUAUUAGUUCUUGACCAUUGUAGCACUGAGCUUUAACCACACAUUGUGAUGUUUGUAUCCUAAAGCACCACAGUUUACAUCAUCACUUCCAUUUUUUCCUUCUGGCUAUUUUGGGAUUUCUGUAUUUAUGCCUAGUCAAUCUGAAAUGAGCUAAAGGGGAGUACCUAGUUCCAAAGGGAGAAUUGUGAAAUGUCUGCAGCACAGGCUUGAUUAUAGAAUAUCUCAAAUUUGAAGGCGUCCUUAAGGAUCAUUGAGUCCAACUCCCUGUUCCUUGCUAAACCAUAUGACUAGGAGCAUCAUUCAGAUGCUCAGUGAACUCUGAAAGGUUAGUGACAUGACAGCUUCCAGAUGGAACCCAGUGACCGACCAUCCUCUCAGUGAAGAACCUUUUGCUAAUGUCUAAUCUGAAUGUCCUCUGAUGUAGCAUCAUACCAUUUUCUUUUGUCAGCUCAAAAAUGAAACAAUUGUUUCUGCGUCAAAUGAAUAUGAUUUUUUUUAUCUUCUUUCAUUCUUUCUGGAAUAUUGUAAAUAAAUUUAUUGGGCAAUCUAUUGUAAGGCUGAAUACACCUUGAAGAUGUCUCUUCUGGUCUGAUCUAUCAUGGUACAUUUUGUUGUCCUUACAUUGAGAGCAAAGAACACUUAACUAGAGAUACCAACUGUACUUUAGGUUAAAUGCAUACUCAGUUACUUAUAAAACAUUUAAUAAUAUUAACCCUAAUUACAACAAUUUAAGGAAUAGAAUACUUUGAGAUUUUUCAUAUUUUUAUUGUAAUAAAUAGUACACAAAGCUUUAUUCAUCCUACACAUAGGUUUUAUUAUACCUGUAUGUCAUGGUUUAACCCCAGCCAGUAACCAAGUGCCAUGCAGCCUCUUGCUUACUCCCCCAACACCAAGAUUUGGGAGAGAAUCGGAAGGGUAAAAGGGUGCAAGACUCAUGGGUAAAGACAGUUUAAUAGGGAAAGCAAAAGCCAUGCACACAAGUAAGCAAAACAAGGAAUUCAUUCACUACUUCCUGUGGGCAAGCAGGUGUUCAGACAUCUCCAGGAGAGCAGGACCCCAUCAUGCACAUUGGUGACUUGGGAAGACAAUCAUCACUCCGAAUGUCCCUUUCUCCUUCUUCCCCCUCCCAUUAUAUGCUGAACACGAUGUCAUAUUGUCUGGAAUAUCCCCUUGGUCAUUUGUGGUCAGCUCUCCCUGCUGCAUCUCCUCACAGCUUCCCAUGCACUUCCAGUCCCUCUGCCAGCAUGGCAGUAUAAAAAGCAGAAAAGGCCUCACCUCUGUGUAAUCUGUAUUGAUUAUAAUCUCUGUAUUGUCAACCCUAUGUUCAGCACAAAUCUGAGACACAGCCCCAUACCAGCCACUGUGAAGAAAAUUAAAUCUAUCCCAGCCAAAACCAGCACACAUAUAAUAGUUUUUCCAGCACUUGGAGAUGAAUGGUAGAAUAGGCAAAAAAAUAUAACGAACCCAUGAUGCAUUUGCAGCUACUAGUCUUUCAUGUCUUUAUUUUUCAUGUAUAAUUUAACACAAAACUUCUUAAUUUAUUUACAGGUAGUUGUAACAGAUGUUUUUAAGCAGUUUAAUUUUCCACACACUAUCUUGAGAGGAUUUGAAUUGCAUCUGUACCUUUGAGCUGAAGAUAUUACCAGUUUACUGAAAGGAUAAUACAGUAUCCAUAUUCAUUUAGCCCAUGCUUCCCUGAUGAUCCUGAAAGUAAAUGUGAAUCACAGUGUUUGUCUGUCUUGAGAGACUCAUUGUUUUGACAGGUUGGUAUAGACACUAGGAAACUCAGUUCAUAUAGAUGAUGGAACAGCUAUAGACAUAACAGAGAAACAAUUUCGUUACUGUUGAACUACUUGUAAUUCUUUGAUUAAGAUUCUUAAUGAUGCAAUGUGCCCUUAUGAGAAGACAGAUUAGCCUGAAAGCAAAGACUUUCCUAGACAUGUGUUAAUUUAUUUGAAACCAUGAUUUUGGUGUGUAGCAAGCAGAAAUAAUGUGGAUAUGUUUUGUCUAGCAAUUUGUAAAAUUUUUAUACAUAGGAGUGGUACAUCAGUCAUAUUUUUAUCAUUUAGUCAUAGAACUUGGAUAUAGUUGGGGAUUUUUUCAGCAGUGUGAUUAGAAUUGACUGAAUUAAUCCUAUGUUUCUCAUACAGUUUAUCAGACCAUGUAAUAAUGUGCACUUCACAUUGUUUGAGCCAAAAUCUCAAAGGGCAAGUUAUUUGAAAAAUUUCAGCAGUACGGUGAGAAGUUCCCUCUCUGUGUUCUUGUGUCUGUAUCCAUUUAUCUGGAAGACUGUAUAAGCACAAAAAAAAUCUGUUAGUCUUGAAAUGCUAAAUAUAGUGAGUGUCUGGAUUUAAAUAUUUAUUGUUUUGUGUGUGGUUUGUAUUUUUUUGUUUGGGUUUUUUCCCUGGGAUGUCAUAAUUUCUGAGAAAGAGGUUGGAAACCAAUAGUAUUGCUGCUUUUCUUUAUUCCUCUGCUGUAUAUGUGGAAAUGUAGCUUGCUUAUACAAUAACCUUAAUGGAAACUACGUGUGCUGGAGUAGGACAGGUAAUGACACUGAGUUGCUCUGUGGAAAUGGUAAGUAAUGUUCACCACUAACAUCAGGUUAAUAGUUGAUACUUCCACCUGUUCUUUUUCUACUUUGCUUUGUUUAUUUCUCGAUUAAACAAUUGACUUUGCAGUUUUUUGCAUUUAUUAUAUUACUGAUUUUGGAAAUCAGCUUGUUAAUCCAGUACAGAAAGGCAGAGGUUGUCUGGAUUCUGGGUUGCUUAAGCAACUGGGUUUUUUAGAUCUUCAUAAUCUCUGUUGAGGAUCUGAUAGUUGCUGUAAUCAUGCAGUCAGAAAGAUUUGUAUGAAAAUAUCUCCUAAACAGCACAGCUGAUGAAGUGUGCUGCUGCAGUACCGAAAUGUGGUGUGAGCAGUACAGCUUUUAUUCCUCUUUUUACCUUUUUUUUUCAUUGCUAUAAUGUACUGUGAAAUUUAAUAUGAAACUGGGGAGCAUACCAGCAAAGGAUACUGCCUGUGGAAGGAAUAAAUGCCAUCAGAUAUGUGAAACUCUUCUGAGAGAGAAAAAUGAAACAGAUCCAUUUCGAUGAAUUAGGUAAAUUGGGCUUUUUAUAUUUCCCAGCCAGUGCUGGUGGCUGUAGCUGAGCCUUUCAGGCUCUACUGGCUGCAAACAAUGGAGUUGCAGAUCUUUUUUUCUUUCUUUUUUUCUCCCUUUUUCAAAAAAUGUUAAACCGAUGUUUGGCAUUUGUGAUAGUUUUGGCCCCUCCUACUGUGCCAAUUGAAACCACUCCCUACAUAACUAAAACAAAUCGUUCCCCAUGACUCUGAAGAUUACAUUUCAAUACAAGCUUUUAUGCACUGAACAUUUCAUACAGACAUUUCAUUUGAAAAAAGAAAGUAAUUUUUAGGAGACAGAUAAGAAUUACUCAAACAGCACCUCAUUUUCAGAGCUCAGAAACACAGCAAAAUCUAGAGCUUGAAGCACUAGUCUGCUUUAACUUAAAAUAUAUGAAUAUAUAAUCUAUUUAUUGUUUUAUUAUUGAUUUCUGUUUUCCAGUAGAAAAUCCAAGACAUAGAGCAUUUAAAUUGCUGCUAAAAGUAUUUCAGAUUUAUGAUUUUAAAGCUUAUUAAUGUAAAUUCAUAUCAGAGUUCAGAUCUGUUCUUUGAGUAGGUUGUUGUAGUGUUGAGUAAAUUUUAGCACAGAACACAUUGGACUUAUAUGUGUUCAGGUUCUGUAUUUUUUAUUUCAACUGUGCCUUCUGUCAUGGCUUGGAUGACUUAUAUUUCUCACUGGUUUGAUGAAGAUGAUUGGUAUGAAGGACAACGACGAGCAAAAAUGUCACAGGUUAAACAAGUGGGACUUUUAGCUGCUGGAUGUCAGCCAUGGAACAAGGAUAUAUGUGCUGCUAGUGGGGACAGAUUUGCCUACUGUGCUACCCUUGCUAUUUAUAUUUAUCAGUUGGAUCACCGAUACAAUGAGUUCAAGCUCCAUGCAAUUAUGUCUGAGCAUAAGAAGACAAUCACAGCCAUAUCCUGGUGUCCCCACAACCCUGACGUGUUUGCAAGUGCCAGUGCAGAUAGUUUAGUGAUUAUUUGGAAUGUGAAUGAACAGAAAGUUGUGGCCAAGCUGGACAAUACAAAAGGAAUUCCUUCAUCACUUAGCUGGUGUUGGAAUGCAGGUGAUGCAGUUGCAUUUGUGUCCCAUAGAGGGCCGUUGUACAUUUGGACUAUCUCAGGACCUGACAGCGGGGUAACUGUACAUAGAGAAGCACAUAGUUUCUUGUCAGAUAUCAGUCUGUUUAGAUGGCAUCCAAAGAAAAAAGGAAAAGUGGUGUUUGGACAUACUGAUGGAAGCCUAUCUAUUUUUCAGCCAGGUUCUAAAAAUCAGAAACAUGUCUUAAGACCAGAGUCUCUUGAAGGAACAGAUGAAGAGGAUCCAGUUACAGCACUGGAGUGGGACCCUUUGUCAACUGACUACCUUCUUGUUGCUAAUUUACAUAAUGGUAUUCGACUAGUUGAUUCUGAAUCUCUGUCCUGUAUCACAACUUUUAGUUUUCCCAGUGCAGCAGCAUCUGUUCAGUGUUUAGCCUGGGUUUCCAGUGCACCUGGAAUGUUUAUAACUGGAGAUUCUCAGGUUGGUGUGUUACGUGUUUGGAAUGUUUCACGUACAACACCUAUAGAUAAUUUUAAAUUGAAGCAAACGGGUUUCCAUGGUUUGCAUGUGCUAAGUUCUCCUCCAAAGAAAAAGUCACGUUCAUCACAGUAUCCUACUAAAAAUCAUCAUACAUCUUCAACAAGUGAGGCUGUUCCUCCUCCAACUUUAACCCAAAACCAAGCAUUUUCUCUUCCUCCUGGUCACACCGUCUGUUGUUUUAUGGAUGGUGGAGUGGGGCUUUACGACAUGGGAGCCAAAAAGUGGGAUUUCCUUAGAGAUUUGGGACAUAUUGAGACCAUCUUUGAUUGCAAAUUCAAACCUGAUAACCCUGAUCUUCUUGCUACAGCUUCAUUUGAUGGCACAAUAAAAGUUUGGGACAUUAAUACUUUAUCAGCGGUUUAUACAUCUCCUGGUAAUGAGGGGGUUAUUUAUUCCAUUUCUUGGGCUCCAGGAGAUCUGAACUGCAUAGCAGGGGCAACAUCCAGAAAUGGUGCCUUCAUCUGGGAUGUUCGAAAAGGCAAAAUGAUAACCAGAUUCAGUGAGCAUGGAAAGAAUGGAAUCUUCUGCAUUGCCUGGAGUCAUAAAGAUUCCAAAAGAAUAGCAACCUGCAGCAAUGAUGGAUUUUGUAUUAUUCGAACCAUUGAUGGCAAUGUUCUUCACAAGUAUAAACAUCCAGCUGCAGUGUUCGGCUGUGAUUGGAGUCAAAACAACAAAGAUAUGAUAGCUACUGGUUGUGAGGAUAAAAAUGUUCGUGUUUACUACUUGGCAACCAGCUCUGAUCAGCCACUGAAAGUUUUCACAGGGCAUACUGCAAAGGUGUUUCAUGUACGGUGGUCUCCUCUGAGAGAAGGAAUCCUCUGCAGUGGCUCUGAUGAUGGUACUGUUCGAAUAUGGGAUUAUACACAGGACGCUUGUAUAAAUGUUCUUAGUGGACACACAGCUCCAGUACGAGGGCUGAUGUGGAAUCCUGAAAUUCCUUACCUUCUAAUAUCUGGCAGUUGGGACUAUACAAUUCGAGUCUGGGACACAAGAGAUGGAACAUGUUUGGACACAGUUUAUGAUCAUGGUGCAGAUGUAUAUGGAUUAACAUGUCAUCCUAGUCGUCCAUUUACUAUGGCAUCCUGCUCUCGUGAUUCCACUGUGAGACUCUGGUCAUUGACACCUCUUAUAAACCCUCUACCAAUAAAUAUCUUAGCAGAUAGAUGUUGGGAUGAUAUUAUCGGCAAUACAGAUCGUGCUGUGGAAUCUGGUGCUCCUCCUUUGCUGUGUGGUAAAGUUUCCAGGGAUAUUAAACAGGAAUUGGAAAAAUUGUCAGGAAAUCCUCGAGGAAAAAAACUAAGGUGGUUUUCAGAAUGUUUUUCACCUCCUGGAGGUAGCAAAAAUUUAUGGGAUUUGGUUGCUGUAAUAAAAGGACAGGAUGACAGUUUGCUUCCACAAAACUACUGCAAAGGAAUUAUGCAUAUGAAGCAUCUCGUUAGAUUUAGAAUGUCCAGGGCACAAGAGCUGACAACAGUAAAGAUGUCUAAGUUUGGAGGCGGUAUUGGUGCACCAAGCAAAGAGGAAAGGCUCAAAGAAGCUGCAGAAAUACAUUUAAGAUUAGGACAAAUUCAGCGAUAUUGUGAACUAAUGGUAGAACUUGGAGAGUGGGACAAAGCUCUCUCAGUUGCGCCUGGUGUAUCAAUGAAAUAUUGGAGGAAGUUAAUGCAAAGGAGAGCUGAUCAGUUAAUUCAGGAAGAAAAUGAUGAUGUCAUCCCAUACUGUAUAGCUACUGGAGAUGUAAAGAAACUGGUUUCUUUCUUUACUUCAAGAGGUCAGCUUAAAGAAGCGCUUCUUGUUGCACAGGCAGCUUGUGAAGGAAAUAUACAGAUGUUACCACUCUCCACAGCAAGUGGAUCUUCAAAUUCUGGUGGAAACAAUACAGAUGAUUAUAAUGAGCUCCUGCACAAGGUCAGUAAAGAACUGGCAGAUUGGUAUUUUCAGGAUGGCCAUGCAGUGCUUGCAGCAUGUUGUCAUCUGGCUGUUGAAAAUAUAGAGCUUGCGAUGGCAAACCUGAUUCGUGGAAAUGAACUGGAGCUGGCAGUCAGUGUGGGUACUGUCUUAGGAGAAAGUGCAGCACAAGCAACACAUUAUGCCCUAGAAUUACUAGCAAGAAAGUGUAUGGCAGUAGCAACAUGGGAUUUAGCAGCUGAUCUUCUUAUGAUGAUUCCUGAUAACAAACUGCAGUUAGUAAAACUAUGUGCUUUUUAUCCUGGAUGCAUAGCAGAAAUAAAUGACCUGCAUGAAAAGUGCAAUCUUCCUGAUGCAGAAGAAUGUAUGCGGUUGGCAGAGACAAUUCAGGCAGAUGGAGAUAUAUUUGAAACGAUAAAGUACUAUCUGUUAAGCACAGAACCUGACAGGGCUCUCCGUGUUGGCAUUCAGUAUGUGAAAGAACAACUUAUUGGCUCAGAUUGGACUUUGGAUUCAGUCUUUCCAUAUCUUGAUCUUCUAAGUUACAUACGCACUGAACAAUUAAUGUUGCAUCAAUGUAGUGAAUUUCGGAAUGAGUUGCUGAUUUUGUGUGGUUAUAUUGGUGCUUUACUUGCUAUCAGAAGACAGUACAAUAGCAUUGUACCUGCACUGUAUGAGUAUACAAGUCAGCUUUUAAAAAGACGAGAAGUAUCCGUACCUUUGAAAAUUGAACAGCUUUCUGAGGAAUUAGAUGCAUGGAGAGCUUGCACACAAUUAAACAAGUCUGGCGAUGAACUGCCAUGCACCCCACCAUCUGAAUCACAGAGAGCGGUGUAUUCACUGCUCGUAUCACGAAUUCAGGAGGAGCCUCUGAAAGGAAUGGUUGGGCCAGACUGUGUCACUGGAUCAAAUCUUCCUAGUCAUUCAGAUGUUCAUAUCUCUUGUUUGACAGGGCUAAAGAUACAGGGUCCAGUGUUCUUCCUUGAAGAUGGAAAAUCUGCUAUUUCACUGAAUGAUGCUUUGAUGUGGGCCAAAGUCAAUCCUUUUUCACCACUAGGAACAGGAAUACGACUUAACCCAUUUUGAUGAGGUGUUUCCUCUGUACUUUAUAGUGCUUAAAAUAACACUCUGGGGGUUAAUACUGAUUUAACCUUGAUCAAAGGACAGAAAGUAGUAGUUGGAAGGGCAAGUACUUGAACUGUGAAAAUUGUAAAGUGAAAGCAAGAAAAGAAUUUCUAUACAAAUGUUUGUUGAAAAUCCAAAGAAAAAAGUUAUUUGAUAAUCCAAAGAAAAAGUCCUAACUUCAUAUACAGCCAUGUCUUUUUUUUUUUUAGUAAGAACAGUGUUGUCAGACAAUACAGACAUAUUUUAGUCAACUCUGUGUGAAUAGAUGCCUUGUAAAGGGAGUAAGCAACUAUCUGCACAUUAUCAAAAUAUUGAUAACAAACUGUGAAAUCCAUAAACACACUUCCAAAUACAUAAUAAUAGAAUAACUUUCUUGAUACCUACUGCAACCUGUUUUUAGAAGGACUGGAAUACUGUGGCUCUUUCACACAUUGUGUCCCCCUUUUUAAUUUUAACUAAUUUUUACACACAGGGUUCUAUAGUAAAAGUAAAAUUUAAAGAGUAGAUUAUUUUUUUUCACCCAUUUGUUAUUGUGCUUAUUAGCAGUACAAAUAGCAGUUUACUUAUGUUUUGUUUAGAGAGUUUUGAAUAUCUACAUUAUGAAAUUCUAUUUUCUAGUAGGAUCAUUUUCGGCAACUGUCCCCCUUAUAUUUUCACUGGAGGCUAAAAUGUAUUUAUAAAACUGUUUUUUUUUUAACAAAGGGUUUGUAAGGAACAAACAGCAAAUUUAUUGCAAUUAUUUAACUGUGAUAUAUAUAUUUAAAAUACUUGUUUUCUUUUUACAUUUUGUAUUAGUUAUAAACAUGCAUAUAGUAUGACAAACCAGAAGUAAAUACCUGUGCAUAUAUAUUUUUAUUUACUAAAUCUGUGCUCAAAUGGAAAAAACUAGUUAUGGCAAUAGAACACUAAGAAUAUUUAAACUUUAAAGCUGUGUAUAGUAUGGAAUUUAAUUAUAAGGAAAAUAUUAUACUUAUUUAUUAUUAAUAAUUCUUAUAAUCAGAAUUACCUGUAGAAAAGAUGCCUUGGUUACAAUAUUCUUUAUUAGUUUAAUUGCUGGCACUUAAGCAGAAAUCUACUUUAUCUGAUGUUACAUUUUUUGCUGCUGCUUUAAAAUAAAUUUUAAAAUUUAUUUAAAAUCCUGAUAAUUACAUGAAAUGUAAAGAAGUUGCAAAUAAAAAUUGGCAGAAUUAUUUCAAUAGAAACUGUUGUAAAACUGGUAAUAAUAUCAGGUGUCUAUUUAUCAGACCCUGUAGACAAUCCUCAAUACAGAGGUAAGCCAUGCCCUCAUUUAACUAGAAAUAACAAUGCCACCAUGCUGGAAAGGUGGGAUGGAGACUAGAAAUAAAAAAAUACAAGGUUGUUUUUCUCCCUCUUUAAAAAAGUAAAAUUUCAUUCUGGCAAUGCUCUAGAGUAUUAUUACAGGGUUUCUGGUGUAAGAAUAAAUUGGAGGGGGAGAGGCAAGGCUUAGCUGUUUUGUAGCCUAAAAACCCCCAUUUUUGUAUGUACUUGGAUGCUGGAACAGAAUGUUUUACUAUCUGCAGGUAUUCUUUGGAAAAUGAUAUUCCUUUUUUUAACUCCAUGGAGCUUGGCAAAGAAGAAUUGGGUUUCAGAAGUCAAAAUUUGUAGUUUUUGAAAUAAUUUUCCAUCAGUCAGUAUCUGAUAUCUGCUUCUGUCAAAUGAAAGACUAGCUGUCUUUUAGCACAUAAAUUGUAUAACCUGAUAUAUAAAUGCAGAGGUGCAGAGCAAUGGUAAGAACAUGCAGCCCCAUGACUGGUGAUUGGAAUCUGAAGGAUUGACUCAACUGCCAUUCUACUAUAUUUAAAAUCUUUUGCUGUAUCAUAAGGACUUUUACCAAUAUUUCAAAGUUUAAAUAACUUACAAUGUGUAGUAUAACUACAUCAAUGUGUUGCACAUAAAUUGUGCCUUAACAUGGAAUCUUGGGCAAAUCUACCCCCUCUUUAGAAUGUGAGGGUUAGGAAUUCUUUCAUUGCUAAAAUAUAAAAAUUAAGUCAGAGGGCGUUUUUUAUAUUUGGGGUGAAUCAGGAAACAGUCAUUGUGAAUAACAUGAGGUUGCAUUUUCCUUGUAGUUGUUUGUACCCCAUGUGUUGAGUGAGGGGAAUAUGCAGAAAAGGUUGUAAUUGUGUCUACUGCUACAGCUGUGGUUGCAACUGUCAAACUAUGAAUUCAUCAUUUUCAUAAUUAAUUUCAGAUUGUUUGCUAAUAUGUGACUUCAUUGUCUGGCACAGCAAGUCAAAUACAGAUAUUUCUCCCUUAAUAUUAAAGAAUACUUUGUCUUCAAA